UAGGCAACCAAGUUACUGUUUGUUUCCCUAAUAAAGAUAAAAAAAAUAAAAAAAUUAAAGUAUUAUAUACGAGUGCUAUUGAUAUGAUGUUCAACAUCACGGGCGAAGCUGAGGGUAAAAGCUUGUAUUCCAAAAAUGUCGACAGCCCGUGAUCACAUUUUUGAUAUUUCAGUUUGGUAAGUUAGUAGACUAUAAGUUUGAUGCUCACUAGGUCGAAAACAAACAUUUACCAAAAAUAGGUGUCUCUAGUUUCAGUUUUCUACUUCUAAGUGCCUAAAUACAUAAUAUGAAUGAAUGAACAAAAAUUUCUUUAGUGCCCACAAAAAAGAACAAUGUUGUGAAAGCAGGAAAUACCUAGAUGUGGUACAAUGGGUACAUGUACAAUAUCAGAUACAUAGGUUAGUAUUUAAAAAUAAUCUAUCAUUCGUUCCAUAAGUGACGUAAACAAAUUAUCAAUCACGCUUAAUCCUGUAAUACAUAGAGGUAUAUUUACAAAUAAAAUACAAUUUGACAAAGUUCUUUAUUCUGGUGAGCAAAAUCGGAACUAAACCCCUUCAUAAUUAUUUGGAAUUAUUCCUAGAAAACUUGUCGACUACAGCGCCACCAUGAGCUGUAAAAUAGAUUGGCGGUCGUAAAAAGAUGAGGUUGGGUCAUCGGGGCCCUCUGAAUUGAGAUAAGACAAUAUAUAAACACAAGUUUUCCUAAUACCCACAUCAUAACAGAAGUUUAGAAACUAGCAUCAUGGCUUUCAAAAUUGCGUGUUUGGUUCUGGGGCUAACUGUAGCUUGCAAUGCCUACCCUCAUGGUUACGGCAGCGGCAGUGGUCUGGGCAGUAGCCACGGCCACGGCGGUCUUGAAGGAGGCCAAGGCGGUUUUGGAGGCAGCCAAGGCGGCUUAGGCGGUGGUCACGGGAGCCACGGAGGAUUUGGAGGUCAAAGUGGGCAGGGCGGAUUCGGCGGCGGCCACGGCGGUAGCCAAGGUUUUGGUGGCAGCCAGGGCGGGUUCGGUGGGAGCAAGGGAGGGUUCGGCAGCAACCAGGGUGGGUUUGGAGGCGGACACGGGGAUAGCCAUGGUUUUGGCGGCCAUGAACAUGGGCUAGGUGGUCACAGCGGCAGUCAGGGCGGAUUUGGAAGUCAGGGUGGUUUCGGCGGCAGUCAGGGCGGAUUUGGAGGUCAGGGUGGUCACCACGGACACCAGGGAGGAUACCAACAACACGGCUAUUAGAUAAUGUUAUUUGUUUCUUAUUAAAUAAAGUUUUACAGU